AUGGCCGCCCAAGUCGCCAGCUACCACGCCGCCGCACGACCACCACCCGUGCUUCUCGACGGCAAGCCCUUCGACAUUGACCAGGCCGACGCCGUGAUCAGCAACGACCCGGAAAAGAUUUACAAGGAAUACCGCUUCCUGCGGAAACAAUGCCCCGUCAUCCACACCAAGCAGUAUGGCGGCUAUUGGCUCAUGACCCGCUACGAGGACGUCAAGCGCGUCGCCAUGGAAUCCGACACCUUCAUCUCCUCCGUCAAGGCCGUCGUCCCCAGCGACCCGCGCGGCAUCCGUAGGCCUCCCCUCAACUUUGACGCGCCCGCUCACACCCCUUUCCGUACCGCCCUGGAGAGGACCGUCAAGCCCACCCGGCUUCGACGACUGGCCGAACCCCUGGAGAGGCACGCCGAGGAAGAACUGGCGCCCUUGCUGGCCGCCGGCCGGGGCGACAUCAGCACCCAGUUCGGCGCCAAUUUCGUCGCGUGGGUGGAAACGGAGUGGCUGAACCUCGAGCCCGAGAUCGCCCCCGGCUCGCCAAAACGGCCGCCGCGUGGCUCAACGCCUGGAGAAUGCAAGACGGCGACACCGGACCCGGAGCAAGACCCUGCCUCUUCGCUCCUGCUCGAGAGAGACUCGGACGGCAACCCGUUGCUCGAGGAGCAUCUUGUUGGCUGUCUUCGCCAGUCACUCGUCGUCGGUGUGGUGGCGCCUCCUAUCCUCAUCGGCUCCAUCUGCAAGCACCUGUCCGAGGAUAAGGCUCUUCAACAACAACUCCGGAAUGACGAGUCGCUCAUCCCGGCGGCCAUGGAAGAGUUUCUGAGACUAUAUUCCCCUUACAGAGGAUUCGCUAGAACCGCUUCCAAGGAUGUGACAGUCCAGGGCCAGACCAUCAAGCCGGCGGAGCCCAUCACCGUGACCUACGCGUCGGCCAACCGGGACCCCGAGGUGUUUGAUAACCCCGACGAGUUCAUCUUGCAUCGACUCAACAUUGCCGCCCAUAUGGCCUUCGGAAGGGGCCGACAUAGGUGUGCCGGUAUGCCCCUGGCGAGAAUCGUUGUCCAAACUGCCCUCCGAGUAAUUCUUCGCAAUACUACAGACUUUGAAGUAGACGGGCCGCUUGAGUUUGCGAGGAUGCCGGAGAUGGGCAUCAUCAGCUGUCCCCUUAAGUUCAUGUGA